AUGAAAAUAUAUAUUUUAAUUUGGUUAUUAAAUGUUGGGUAUUCUCUUUCAAUUUAAAUUAACCAUCAUCCAAGUUGCUUUUAUGUAAAAUCUGCUGAAAAUAAUUAAUAAUUGAUUGUAAAUUUCCAAGUUUCAGGAUUAGACGAAGAAAAAACUGAAAUAAUCAUUAAAUCUGAAAAUGGAGAUAAAUUGUUAUAAAAACUGAAUGGAAAAGAAGGAUCAUUAAAAUAAAUAUUAAAUGAAGUAGGAAUAUAUUACAUUUGUUUCAGAAGUCUAAAUAGAAACUCUAAAACUUUAAGUUUUGAUUUUGAUAUAGAUGGAAUAGAUAAAGAGUAUGCUUAAUCAGAAUAAUUCAAUCAAAUGUCUAAAGAAUUGUCUAGAACAAAUAGAAACUUUUAAUCAAUAUAUAGAAAUUAAAAUUGGAUAACAGAUAGGGAAAAUGCUCAUAAGAUUAGUAAGUAAUUCAAUUAAGUUUUUAAUUAGUUUUAGAAGAUACAUAAAAAUCUAUUUAUUGGUGUGCAAUUACAAAAAUUGGUGUACUAACUUUGAUAACUAUAACGUAAGUUAUAUUUGUAUACAAAUAUUUCAAAAGAAUAGAAGUUAAUCAAGAAGUAUGUUGAAAUUAUUAAUCAAUUUAGUGA